CACGAUGGAAUCAGUCCAGCCGCAAAGAUGCCUUCUUUUGCAGCAGCCAGGGCCUAUAAUGCUACUGUCAACCUCGCUAACAAACGGUUCCUCGUUGUAGGUGGAACAUCUGGAAUCGGACAGGCAACCGCCUUAAAAUUGGCAUCUUUGCACGCUUCGAUUUCCGUUGCAGGAAGAAAUGCUACCGCGGGCUCUACACUUGUUGCCCAACUUUCCGAUCUUAAUCCCAAAGGCCAUCAUGAAUUCCUGCCUAUUGACAUGACUCUCAUGAAGGAUAUUCGUCGGUUUGCCGCUGCGUAUCGAAACACGUAUACUGAGUUGAAUGGACUUGUCAUCUCGGCUGGCUUUAUGACCAUGAAGGGACGAACUGAGACCGUAGAAGGAAUUGAUCAAAAGAUGGCCGUACACUAUUAUGGAAGGGCGCUACUGAUCAAAGAGCUGUUGCCGCUGUUGGAGGCAGCAUCAGAAAAAGGCGAAGAUAGCCGGGUUCUAUCAAUUUUCGCGGCUGGACUGGGAGGGCCAAUCCAUUUCGAAGACUUGGAUCUCAAGACGACGUACAACUUGAAAACUACCGCAGAAGCCACCUCUGGAUAUAACGAUCUUUUGGUUAAUGAGCUUUCCAUCCGACAUCCGUCUAUCAGCUUCAUGCACAUUGCACCGGGCGUUAUAGAAACACCUCUCACGAAGAAUCUCCCGCUUUAUCUACGAGUACCCGCGAAGAUCCUCGCAAAACUUAUGGCCAAUUCACCAGACGAAUGUGCAGAAAUCAUGACAUAUGUACUGACAAGUGACCAGUACAAAAGAGGUUGGUGGUUACUGAGCGACAAAGGUGAACCAUUGAAGCCUCAAAAGUACCAUACUGACGAGGCAAGGGAAGCCGUGUGGAAACACACCAAUUCGUUAAUUGGGUAGGGUACUUUAGACUUGGUGACGGCAUCAUUUGUUGAGAUCCUGCACUUUUUGGAGGGCCCUUAAAGAGUUGGGACAUUCUCACAGAGGGAACGACCUUAGUAACCAUCAGCCUUACGAACAUCACUCUAUGUACUAAAGUAGUAGCACCAUGUUAUGUUUCAUAUUGUGUACAGAAGCCGGUAAUAAGAAAAUUAUGUACAGAA